GCUUGGUACCGUUAAUAUUUUUAUCCGAAUAAUAAAAUAAUUAGCAGUGUGUCGAGUCGUGCAAAAAUCUGUCAUUUGUGUUAGGACGAUAUUGCCACACGAAAUGCGAGGAAGAAUAUAUCCAAUAGAAGUCAUCGGAAACGUUGUUACGUUUUAUUCAAUUAACUAAAAGCUAUUUACUCGUGUCACAUUUACAUAUAACACUUAUAAAAAUAUUAAUCAAAUAUAUUAAAAUAUAUUAUAUAUCGUAUUUCUGUUAUUGGAACAAAUUGCAAGUGAUUUGAAAUAUAUAUACGUCGCGCUUGUUUACAGAUAUAUUUCGAUUUACGGAAUUACUAUUUCCUAUUAAUAAAUCGAAAUCGCCUUUCCCCGCAUUAGCGUGAAGUCUUUCGAAAUUGUUAUGUGAUAAAUGUGAGCAUUAUUCUUAUACUUUUCAUUUGCCAAGUGUUCCAUGUCGCACUACACAAAGAAGUAUCUAUCUGGUGGCCGUUUAUUCCUCGCUGUUUCCGUGUAUCGUUAACGAUGUGCAGUUUCGAACGAGAGUGAGUCACUUGAGCAAACCAUGCUCGCGUUCCGCGCGAAAGGAUCGUACGGCAUAGCAUGAGCAGUAACAGCAAGAAGGCACCGGGAGGCAAGGACGACAAGAAGAAUCCUUCCAGCAAAGAGGAGAGCCCGUUGGGCGGUAAGGACGAUGGUGGUUCGGCCUCGACCGGAAGCAAUGGGGGUACGGCCGCAGGAGAGCCGUCGCAGCCCGGAAGCAAGCCUAGCUCCGCCGGUGCGACCGCCAGGGAAGGGGCCCAGAGACUUCUGGGCCUGGCGGCGCGCGGCGAGUGGGCCCCCGUGGACCAGCUGCUCAAAUCUCUGGAGAAGACGGUGCAAAGUGCGGGAGAGGAUGGCUUCAUCGUGCCGCUCGCCGGUGUUUUGGACCCGGUGACGGGGAUGACGCCGUUGAUGUACGCAGUAAAGGACAACCGCAGCGCUCUCCUCGAUCGGAUGAUUGAGCUCGGAUCUGACGUGGGCGCCAGAAACAACGAUAAUUACAAUGCUCUUCAUAUUGCUGCUAUGUAUUCGAGGGAGGACGUUGUUAAGUUGUUGCUGUCCAAGAGAGGUGUUGAUCCCUACGCUACGGGAGGGCCAAGACAACAAACGGCGGUUCAUCUAGUGGCGUCAAGACAAACGGGCACCGCGACGUCGAUUCUACGAGCUUUAUUAGGCGCUGCCGGACGAGACAUCAGGCUAAAGGUCGACGGGAAAGGAAAGAUACCUCUUUUGCUAGCAGUUGAGGCUGGCAAUCAGUCGAUGUGCCGGGAACUUCUCUCACAGCAAGCGCCUGAUCAGCUUCGAGCCACCACACCAUCAGGUGAUUCUGCGCUGCAUUUGGCCGCUAGAAGAAGAGACAUCGACAUGGUGCGGAUUCUGGUAGAUUAUGGCGCGCCCGUCGACAUGCAAAAUGGCGAUGGACAAACCGCGUUGCAUAUAGCGAGCGCCGAAGGUGACGAAACUUUGGUGAAAUAUUUUUACGGUGUCAGAGCCUCCGCGUCGAUCACCGAUCAUCAGGAUCGAACGCCGAUGCAUCUGGCCGCGGAGAACGGCCACGCUUCCAUCAUCGAGCUGCUGGCCGACAAAUUUAAAGCGAGUAUCUUCGAAAGAACGAAAGACGGCUCGACUCUGAUGCAUAUAGCAUCCCUGAACGGGCACUCGGAAUGUGCCACGAUGCUCUUCAAGAAGGGCGUGUAUCUGCAUAUGCCAAACAAACGUGGCGCUAGAUCUAUUCAUACGGCUGCGAGAUACGGUCACGUGGGUAUUAUUAGCACUUUGCUGCAACGUGGAGAGAAGGUGGACGCGGUAACUAACGAUAAUUAUACGGCACUUCAUAUAGCCGUGGAAAGUGCCAAACCGGCUGUCGUGGAGACACUUUUAGGAUACGGUGCAGAAGUGCACGUGAGGGGUGGAAAACUUCGGGAAACUCCGCUUCACAUAGCCGCCAGGGUGCUCGACGGUGACAGAUGCGCUCUAAUGUUAUUGAAAUCCGGAGCGGGACCCAAUUUGACAACCGACGACGGCCAAACACCCGUCCACGUAGCAGCCAGUCACGGGAAUUUAGCGACGCUCCUUUUGCUUCUCGAAGACGGCGGAGAUCCGAUGUUUAAGUCGAAAAACGGAGAGACGCCCUUGCACUUAGCCUGCAGAGGUUGCCGGGCGGAUGUGGUUCGGCAAUUGAUAGAAUUUGUAAAGGAGACGAAGGGUCCAGAAGUGGUGACCACUUACGUGAACAGCGUAACGAACGACGGUGCCAGCGCUCUUCAUUACGCUGCUCAGAUCGAACCCUCGGAGGUCAUCAACCCCGGUGACGAUCGCGCCGUCGUGCGCGCUCUUCUUGACAACGGCGCGGAUGUCUCGCUGCAAACCAAACAGGCCCAGGAAACAGCGUUCCAUCACUGUGCUCUCGCGGGCAACAAUGAGAUCCUGGAGGAGAUGAUCAGCCGGAUGUCGUCCACGAAUGUACAAAAGGCCUUGAACCGGCAGAACGCCGUGGGUUGGACGCCGUUGCUGAUCGCCUCCAAUCGAGGUCAUAUGGAACUGGUGACGACUCUCCUCGCCAAUCACGGCAGAGUCGACGUGUUCGAUCUCGAGGGUAGAUCCGCUCUGCAUUUAGCCGCCGAGCACGGAUACUUACAAGUGUGCGACGCGCUGUUGGCGAACAAAGCUUUCAUAAAUUCCAAGUCUCGCGUGGGAAGAACCGCCCUACAUCUCGCCGCUAUGAACGGUUACACGCAUCUCGUACGUUUUCUCAUCCAAGAUCACGGCGCUGCAAUAGACGUUCUAACCCUUAGGAAACAGACUCCCCUUCAUCUGGCGGCGGGAGCCGGCCAGUUGGAGGUCUGCAAACUUUUACUGGAACUCGGUGCCAAUAUAGACGCCACGGACGAUCAGGGACAGAAGCCGAUCCACGCCGCGGCUAUGAACAAUUAUGCCGAAGUGGUGCAACUCUUCCUUCAGAGGCAUCCGAGUCUCGUGAUGGCCUGCACCAAGGACGGCAACACUUGCGCUCACAUCGCCGCGAUGCAAGGCAGCGUCCGAGUGAUCGAGGAACUGAUGAAGUUCGAUAGACAGGGUGUGAUAACUGCCAGGAAUAAGUUGACGGACGCGACACCGUUACAACUGGCGGCGGAAGGCGGACAUGCCGAAGUAGUGAAGGUUUUAGUUAGAGCCGGAGCGUCCUGCUCUGACGAGAAUCGCGCAGGUUUCACUGCGGUUCAUCUGGCGGCUGAAUAUGGUCACGGCCAGGUACUCGAGGUGAUGAGAUCGUCGCAGUCUCUUAAGAUAGUUAGCAAGAAGCUUGGUGUUACGGCGCUUCACGUUGCUGCUUACUUCGGACAAGCUGAUACGGUUAGAGAAUUACUAACUCAUAUACCUGGAACUGUAAAAUCUGAUCCACCAACCGGAGGAUCCCUGGUAGGAGAAUUGGGAGCCGAAUCCGGCAUGACUCCUCUUCAUCUCGCUGCUUAUUCUGGAAACGAGAAUGUCGUGCGACUUCUCCUCAAUUCUGCCGGAGUUCAGGUAGACGCGGCGACGACGGAAAACGGAUGGAACCCCCUGCAUCUGGCCUGUUUCGGCGGCCACAUAACUGUCGUGGGCUUAUUGCUAAGCAGAUCGGCGGAGCUGCUGCAAAGCGCGGAUCGUUACGGCAAAACGGGAUUACACAUUGCGGCUACCCACGGUCAUUACCAAAUGGUGGAGGUUCUCUUGGGUCAGGGAGCGGAAAUAAACGCGACCGACAAGAAUGGCUGGACACCGCUACAUUGCGCGGCACGCGCCGGUCAUUUGGAUGUCGUGAGGUUGCUCGUAGAGAGCGGUGCAUCUCCAAAAAGCGAGACGAAUCUUGGCUGUGCGCCGAUCUGGUUCGCCGCGUCCGAGGGUCACAACGAUGUGCUCAAGUAUCUCAUGGAGAAAGAGCACGAUACAUACGCUCUCAUGGAAGAUAGAAGGUUUGUCUACAACAUGAUGGUCUGCAGCAAGAGUCACAAUAACAAACCGAUAGAGGAGUUUGUUCUGGUGUCGCCCGCGCCGGUGGACACGGCGGCCAAGCUGUCCAAUAUUUAUAUGAAACUCUCCGAGAAGGAGAAGGAACGCGCCAAGGAUCUGAUUGCGGCCGGGAAACAGUGCGAGGCCAUGGCGACCGAGUUGCUUGCUCUGGCAGCGGGUGCCGAUUCGGCCGGCAGGAUCUUGACGUCAAUGGAUCGCCGAAACGUCGAGUUCCUGGACGUGCUGAUCGAGAACGAGCAGAAGGAGGUAAUCGCGCACACCGUGGUGCAGCGUUACCUGCAAGAACUUUGGCAGGGUAGCUUGAACUGGAACGCGUUUCGAACAAUCUUGUUAUUCAUCGCCUUCAUCAUCUGCCCGCCCGUCUGGGUAGUAUUUGCUCUCCCUCUCGGGCACAAAUACAAUAACGUGCCCAUUAUCAAGUUCAUGUCGUAUCUCACAUCGCACAUCUAUCUGAUGAUCUUUCUGCUGCUGGUCGGCAUCACGCCCAUCUACCCAGUGGUGGUGAGAGUGAACCUGAUACCGUACUGGUACGAGUGGUGCCUGUUGGUGAUGCUGUCAGGCCUGUUGCUGUUCGAGUUGACGAAUCCUAGCNNNNAGAGCGGUUUGGGCUGGAUCAAGCUGGCAGUGCUACUCUUCGGUAUAUUCGGCGUGGCGUUUCACCUGAUGGGAUUCGUACUCGUCGAGAAACUGUACUGGCCGACCCUGCUCUACUUGAGAAACCAGCUUUUUGCCCUCAGUUUCCUUUUAGCUUGCGUGCAGAUACUGGACUUUCUGUCGUUCCAUCACUUGUUCGGGCCCUGGGCGAUCAUUAUCGGUAAUCUUAUGAAGGAUCUCGCGAGGUUUCUCGCGGUGUUGGCCAUCUUCGUCUUCGGCUUCUCCAUGCAUUUCGUCGCUCUCAAUCAAGCAUUCAAGAACCAUAAAUCGCUGCAUGAAGCGCGCAUGGAGGAAAGAAAAUCGAGGCAUCCGUUCGACGACGAACUACCACAGCUCCGUCCCCCUCCAAUAGAAAACGUGGUGGACUGGGACUCGAUCAGGAAGAAAGAAAAGGAUUCUCUAAAGAUGAAUCCGGUACUCGCCUUCGAGUAUCUAUUCUUCGCCGUCUUCGGACAAACGACCCACGGCGAGCUGAAGGUCGAGCACAAUCAGCCGCAGUGGACCUCGGUCCUCUUCAAGUUGACCUUUGGCGUGUACAUGUUGGUCUCGGUAGUGGUGUUGAUUAAUCUGCUGAUCGCCAUGAUGAGCGACACGUAUCAACGGAUACAGGCGCAGUCGGACAUUGAGUGGAAAUAUGGACUCAGUAAACUGAUCCGUAACAUGCACAGAACUACCACAGCUCCGUCCCCGUUAAACUUGCUCACCACAUGGACGGUGUACUUCAUCAAGCUAUGCAAGCAGCGCGCCGCUAAACGUAAACGGCCGUCGUUGGUGCACAUGAUGGGGCUGCAGCACGCCAGCCGUUUAUCGCCCAGAUCGAAGAUGGGCGCAAAAUGGUUGGCUAAGGUUAAGAAAGGUCAAGUCCGUCCAAAGGAUAGCAUGACCCUCUCCGUAGUACACCUCAGCCCGCUGGGCAGUCAGCUGUCCUUCAAUACAGCGACUAGAAUAGAAAACGUGGUGGACUGGGACUCGAUCAGGAAGAAGUAUCUCGUCCUGACUGGCAACGAGCCCGAGAAGGAAGAGGCGGAAAAGGAGGAAAAAGGCGACGAGGAGGAGAAUGAGGACGAGAAAGGGCAGACGGCUUCCAACGCCUCGACGAUACCGGCGACGACGGUCCCGAAUCUGCCCGUCUAAAGAUCAUCCAUCACGUCGGAUGCUGGACGCGAGUCUGCGCGAAAAAAACGCAGCAGCGCGAACAAACGAGCGAUCAGAUACAGUUGCGAAAGCGCGUUACGCUAUUAUGUACUUAACAGAGACAGACUUAAAUACAAAGUGCGCUGUAAAAAAGAUAUUCUCCACAUAUUCGCCAAGAAUAAUUUUUUACAUAAAAUCGUACACCGCUACCGCAGACACACAAAUAUCCGACGAUCGAGCGAGACCAUCCACAUAAAGGAUCGAUUCUUGCGCGACGACCGGCCUAGCAUUUUAAGCAUCUAAGUAAGUAAAGUCCCGACGUGAUUCGUGAAUCUCGUAGGAAUGUAUAUGUAUAUAAUUGAUGUUGUUUGUCAGAUAUGAGUAUGAAAAUCAAUUUUGUCGACACAUCAUAUCCUUCUCCGUCACACGGCAUGACCGGAUAAUGCCUGCGAAUGUCAAAUCCCCACAUCGCCACAUCCGCUCGCUCGAUGCUUCAUUGAAUGUUGGAUCAAUCAUUCGCGACAUCAUAAUUUUCGUGUUUCUUGUGGGAUACAGAAUCUCGAUCGACUCGUUG